UCAAACCCGGAACUCAAGAGAAGGAAGACAGGGAGCCAACAUCAAACACUGACGAGGGGUUCGUAUUCUCCUCCUCAUCAUCGUAACGCCGGUCUAAGAAUCUAAGCCUCUCAUCACUCUUCCCCUUCAACCGCAGCCUCUUGUCGCGUGUUGCUGGAUUCCGUCCGACCUUCAUUAGCACGCCCUCUUGGCACUAUGACGAUGACAUCGUUGUCUCAGUAGCUGCAAUGCCAUAGCAGAGAGGGUCCUAUUAACAGCGAUCUACGCCACAACGCUGCCAGAAUGGACAGUUCGUCAAACCACGGCCUUGGGAAGCUUCUGCCCAAGGCGAUCACAGCAAAACGCCGGCGCAGCAAAGCCUCAUCGACAGCCAGCAAUGAUGAUGCUGAGGCGCACAAUGACGGAAUCAGCAGUCGCAGCGCCGCUGGCAGCGACGCUCACUCGAUUAGCGGCACCAUCAACAGCAACCACAGCAACAACAGCAACAACAGCACCGAAAAGACAUUGGACUCAGAUCUGGAUCCCCCGAACCGCAGGUCCACCGCCAUCUCUGUGCAUCCGCCUCAAGUUAUCGCUCCGGACGUCGUAGACACCACGUCUCCCGCCUCCACACGAUCCUCUACCUUUCCUAACGGAAGUACCGAAAGCCUCGAAUCCUCAAAGUCUCUCGCACGAAGCCGGACUAACCUCGAGACCCCCGGACCUCGGAAAAAGCGGUCCUCGAGCCGGCUGCGAGACGUAUUCAAGCCGAAGAAGAGCUUGGGCGACGGAGAGGAAACUGCCGCUCACAACGAGUCCCAGGAAGCCACUCCGUCACCGAAACCUGACGCAGAACCGAAGGCAUCAACCGACAGCAACCGGCGGCUUUCACGAGGUCAAAAGCUUGAGCCGUUGAACACGCGACCUCGCACACCUCCAGGCGAGGCGGUACCGCCAGUAGUGAUUGUGAAUACGCCGCCAACGCCCACCGAAACGCAGCCGGGCUCUGCUGCGGGUGACAGCCUACGUCGGCCCGCUGAUGCCGUUCUUGCUGAGAGCAUGAUCGGUCAACGACGGAGGGCAGGGUCCAAUGCUGGCCCGAGCAAGCUGUCGACCAUCACAACCGCCCCGCUGACACCCACACCCGAAAACCCCCCGGCAUCGGCCAACAAUCCCACCGCUACCUUUUUCUCCUCCAUGUUCUCUGCGGUCCAGAACACCGCCAACUCGCUCAGCACUACAAUACCGGCCCUGGCUCAGGGGGCUGGAAAGAACAAGGGAGGCCCGGGAAAUGAGCAAGGCGAAAGGGGACAAGACACAGUCGAAGUGGAGUCCACAGCAUCCCAGAGACCGUCUACGGAGCCGAAGGAACCGGCAGUCAAGACGCUAGGUAUGGGUGACCUCAGUCUCAGCCAGCUAGGCAUUGCCGACGCACCCAGUACUGCGCCCAGUCCUGUUAUAGCCCGCUUCGCGGAAACUGGAACGCGAAGGAGGUCAGAUUCUGCGCCCGCAGAUCCCCAUGCACUUGGCAUUGAUCUCACCGAGGACGCCCGGCCGCGGUCGAUCCACGAAGCUGCAGGCGGCGAGCGGACACCGCCGGCCGGCAGCCUCUAUGAAGGCAAGGCCGGCGUGCAGCGUAGCGGCAGCAUCCGCAGCGCCAUUGGCCAUCGCAGGAACCGCGGCAGCAGCAUUGCCACCCACGCGACCUCGGCUGCGAGCACGAUCGGCGCUGCCAUUGCGGCCGCCAACUCGUCGCUCGUCAACCCCGCCAGCAGCAGUGCUCCCGCGCCCAAGCUCACGGGCUUUGCCGUCGCAAACAAGAAGCGCAACCGAGACUUCCACGCAUUGUUCAAGAGCGUGCCGGAUGAUGACUAUCUGAUCGAGGACUACAGCUGCGCCUUGCAGCGGGAAAUCCUCGCACACGGCCGCUUGUAUAUCUCAGAGGGCCAUCUAUGCUUCAGUAGCAACAUUCUUGGUUGGGUGACUACGCUUGUUAUGAGCUUCGACGAGAUCGUCGCGGUCGAGAAGCGGAGCACUGCGUUGGUGUUCAAGAACGGCCUUGAGAUUUCCACACUGCACGCCAAGCACAUCUUUGCCUCGUUUGCCAGCCGCGACACCACGUACGAUCUCAUCAUCAAGAUCUGGAAGCUCGGCCACCCUCACCUGCAGAGCUCGCUCAACGGCGUCCGUCUGGAAGAGCCGGGCGGCGACCGGACCGAAAAGGUCGACCUUGAGUCAGUGUCCGCACCUGGUAGUCACAGAGACGACAGCGUCACGGCUUCCGACGACGAGAGCGGGGAUGAUGAAGACGUUUACGAUGAGGAUGAGGAUGAGGACGACGGCCACGCUGCCGGGCCGCCAUCUGAUGGGCAGGCCUCGGACGUCGCGGAGAAGGCUGCCCAGCGUAAGGUGUCGGGCACCGCGGCAGCUCCGGAGAAGCUUGAGGGCGGCGCGCCCGCGGGCGGAGCCGACUUCCCCGGCCCCGCGACCCAUGCGCCGACAGACUGCGGGGAUGCGUCCACACACUUCGAAAAGGUGCUGGGUGACGACGUCAUCCCCGCGCCCUUGGGCAAAGUCUACAAUCUCAUGUUCGGCCCGGCCUCCGCAGGCUGGAUGGGCAAGUGGCUCACGACGGAUCAAAAGUGUUUCGACCUCCAGAUGGAGGAUAAGCGCGGCCUGACGGACGAGGUUAGGUCACGCACCUUCACCUACAUUAAGCCCCUGUCGGCUUCGAUCGGGCCGAAGCAGACAAAGUGCAUCGUCACCGAAACACUCGAGAACAUUGAUCUGGAGAAGGCUGUCAACGUCCUCGUCAGCACUCAGAAUCCCGACGUCCCCAGCGGCAACAUCUUCGUCGUCAAGACCAAGUACUGUCUGACCUGGGCGGAAAACAACGGCACCCGCGUGCAGAUCAACAACGUCAUAGAAUGGUCCGGCAAGAGCUGGCUGAAAGGUCCCAUCGAGAAGGGUGCCAACGAGGGGCAGGCCCAGUACUGCAAGGACCUGUUUGCAGGCCUCAAAGCCGCCGUCUCUUCCCGGGCGCGGUCCGGCAGUGCGCUCAACGGCGCUGCCGCCCGCGGCAAGAAGCGCGGCCGCAAGAACAAGGCGACCCUGGCCUCGAGCACCGUCAGCGACGCCGAGGGAUCCCUCAAGGGCCCCGCCAAGCAGAGCUGGGGCCUCUUCGAACCGGCCCGUCCGAUCCUCGGUCCCGUCGUCGACACGAUCAGGCCGAUCCUUACCGGCAACGUCGUCUACGGCCUGCUGGUCGGUCUGUUGGUGGCCUCGUGGUUUGGGUUCGGUACUCGCCCCAGCGCGCCGCGGUACAGCCACGACCCGGCAUACGCGAACGCCCCGCAACGGCUGGCGGCGUACGAGGAGAUAUGGCGGAGGGAGGAGAGCGAUCUGUGGGAGUGGAUCGAGGAGCGGGUCGGGCUGGAGAGACUGGGCACGGACCCGCCGCUGCGGAAGAGGAGCGUGGAUCCGAGGACGGUGGAGGAGAAGCUGAGGGAAGAGAGGAUGGAUGAGCGGGAGCUCCGCGAGGCGAUACGCGUGACCGAGGAGCAUCUGGAGGUGCUGAAGGCGGUGGUGGAUAAGAAGGAAUAUGGGAGGUGACGAUGCCUACUAACUAACUACCCUGCCUGCGGCUGGCGCCGAUUUCGUUUUCUUGUGUCAAUUUGGUCAGGGGGAUUGGGUAUCGGCUGUACAUACAUACAUACAUAAGCGGGUGAUUUAGGCAUCUAAGAGCGUUUUGAGUGUCGUACAGCUUCGUAGUGUAUUAAAGAGUGCUUCACGA